UGCUGCUCUGCGCAUGUCCCCCGGCCCGAGCGGCGGCUCCGACUCUCGGCUCCCGGUUCCCGGCCCCGCUGCCCCGCACCAUGAUCAAGCUCUUCUCGCUCAAGCAGCAGAAGAAGGAAGAAGACGCCGCCGGAGCCGCCAAGAGCGGCACCAAGAAGGCGUCGGCCGCGCAGCUCCGCAUCCAGAAAGAUAUAAAUGAAUUGAAUUUACCUAAAACCUGUGAGAUAGUUUUCCCGGAUCCCGACGACCUCCUCAACUUCAAACUUAUUAUCUGCCCAGAUGAGGGAUUCUAUAAAGGAGGCAAAUUUGUGUUUAGUUUUAAGGUUGGACAAGGGUAUCCUCAUGAUCCUCCGAAGGUGAAAUGUGAAACCAUGGUAUAUCAUCCAAAUAUCGACUUAGAAGGCAACGUUUGUCUAAACAUCCUCAGAGAGGACUGGAAACCUGUAUUAACGAUAAACUCUAUAAUUUAUGUGCAAUACCUGUUUUUGGAACCUAACCCUGAGGACCCCCUGAAUAAGGAAGCAGCAGAGGUCCUUCAGAACAACAGACGCCUCUUUGAACAGAAUGUGCAGCGGUCCAUGCGGGGCUACAUUGGUUCCACUUACUUCGAACGAUGCCUUAAAUAGGGCCCAGAGCACACAAACUGAAGCCAGAGAGAGAGGAGAGAAUCUGACAUACUUAAACAUAUAAAAACUUUAAAAUAAACUCGACCGAAACCAGGAGGGCUAGAGUGGAUGAGGAGGCAUUUCUCAGCACCCCUCAGCAUAAUGUCACAGGAAGAAAUGGAAUUGGAAUUUUUAUUUUAAAAAAAGAGGACUGCUUGAUUGUUGUCAUAGCUCUAGAGCAUGCCAGGAAGUUCGAACUAGUUUUUGGCCCCCUCUCCCUGCCCACUCCUCACCACCCCCCGCCCCCCCCCCCCCAAAUUAAACUAAUUGUAAAUGUAUUUCAUGAGGAGUGCUGCCGUCUUUAUGUUAAUAAAGUUUCUCAAAUGGCUCUAGAAUACCUUUUGCCCCAUUGACCCCCCCCCCCCACCGUCACCGCUCCUCACACCCCUUUUCUCCCCCCCCCCCCUACCUUUGCAUUGCUCUGCUGCCUACUGACUUUUCUGUAGGUGAAACAAGCAGGAUGCCGUUGCUUCGCUCUAACAGAGGAGGAAGGUGCCAGAUGGAUCUGGAGAGAGAGAGAGAGACAUUUACUCUAAUGCUGCGUCCAGCCUGUUUUGAAUGUUUUGCCUGUUCAUUAAGUUGUAUAGUUAUUUUUAAAAUGAAACGUUCCCUCCCAUUUUUAUUUGUGCAGUAGGUUAUUUCCUUGACUGUGUAGUACAUUGUUGUUAAGGUAUAGAUUCCUCUCCAUAUCUAUGUGACCACAGGCUACGGGCUCCCAUUCUUCCCAGCCAACGUGAGAGCCUUGCUUAGCUCGGUCCAAUGUGUUGUCUUGCCAUUGCAGCUCAUGCAGUGCUCAAGCCAUUGCAUUCUUCUGUAAAUAAAACCAGCGUUGAGCCAACUCUCUCCGUAGGGUGCAUGUCUGUGCAGCAUGAUUGCAAAACAGGGGCUGCUCAUUAAUAACGAGUGCUGAUGUAGCUGGAUAUUUUAGUCAUGCUGGUCGUGAAUGCACCUGUUUUCAUAUCACCGAGUUAUUCUGAUGUUGGUGUGUGCAUCUGAUUUGUUUUAAACGAGCUCAUGGUUCAGUUUUAAUUUAAAAGAUUCUUGCCCGGUCUGUGAUGUUUAAUUUUUACUGACCACAGUCUUAUCUUGAAAGUAAUAAAAAUAAUCUCAGUUACAUCUAACUAUCCCGUUAAAUGUAAUUGCUCCUGCCUAUUAUUCUGCUUGGCAAUUUAACUUCAACCUAAUCAUUGACCAACUUGCCUCUUACCCCCCAUUUACCACCCCCUCCCGCUCCCCUCCUCAGGUUGUCUGGCACAGUGCCAUAACUGGACCAGGGACAUCCCGCUUAGCUCUGGCCCAGCUGUGAAAGCAGUUGGGAAGAAAGUCACUGCAGUUGGAAUGAAUGCCGUGGUUUCUGUUUGGAGGGUUAAGGUGCAAGUGGAGGAGGAGGGAGAUCAGCCAGGCUUCUCACAGGACACAGGGGAGGGGUAAUUCGGCCACCAGGUUGAAUAUCCAGGUGAAAGGCAAUGCUGAAGUAGUGCAGUUGCGACUGUGCUGCAGCAAGAAAAGCAAAACCUCGCGGGGAACAGCAGAGUGUUCCAACGUCAGUUUUACACGGAAUCUGCUGAACAAUGCUUCCCACGGAACAGUAUGACAGUGACGUGAGGCAGGGAGCCAGAUUAAAACAGCUUUAUACUUUGCACAAUGUCUCCCUCCACUUGUGUUGUUACAUUUCCAUGGUGUGGCUUUAAUCAAAAAUUUCUGACUCUUGGUUCCAAUUCUGGGUACUGCCUGAAUCUGGAAUCCAUGUCACAUCGCAAUAGCCCUGAGUUCUUUUUGCCUUUCGCCCGAGACCCACUUGAUGCCAAAUCUUCCUCUUUGGCUUUCAUUUACUUUGUGCAUUUGGGCUUUGCACUAUUUCUCAGUGUGCUGUUGCAGGAAUGCUUCAUUCUUUCAAUUGCUCAGCAGAACCCCUUUCUGUCCAGUAUUUUGAGUGUUGCUGACAAAUGUCAAGGAAGACAUUGAUGCCUGUUGCUGUGCAUGUGACCGAUCUUGUAAUUCUGUGGUUACGAAUCUAAUUCUGUUGAACAUCUGAUGGUUAUCACUCAAUCUGAAUGUUAGAGAUCUGGACCGAUCUAAAAUCCCCAUUGAUCAACACCAAAGGAAUUCACCCCAUUGCUUCUCUCUUCCUGAAGGAACCUUGGUUUUCUUAUGAAGUUCAAGCCUGUGAUCAUCUCUCCUUUCAUGUGUAAUGCAUGUGGUUAUAUGUUUAUACUGAGGGAGAGAGGACAUUCUGUUGCAACUAUGCCACAGAGGGAUUCUGUGUGGCUUAUCUUCUGAAUACGAGAACAACACACACGUUCUCCAAACAAAAAAAAAGUUCAGAUGUAUGAUUUUUUUAUUUGGUAAGAAUUGUACCUCUUUGACUUGUAUGUUUUAGUCACACCACCUGCACAUUGGCACAAUAUGUUCAUGCUUGAGGAGAAUGUACUGUAUUUCAAUUAAAAAAAAAUUUGCA